AUGCACACAAAUCCCGCGGUCCGUCGUAAGCUCUGCGAGGGACGGCUGCUUCCUGCUGGGGGGGGAGAGAUGACGAGAGGUGAGGAGACACAAUCGCUACAUGAGCGCAGACCCUGGGAUCCCCGCUUUGAUGCAUGCGACGAGUCGAACCUUGGUUUAGCAGUGGAUCACUGCAAAGAACAGGCCGUAGGCCAGAGUGGAUAG